CAAGAAUGUACAAUAAUGUUGGACCGCAACCCGGAAUACAGCAGCCUCCGGCGAGUUCGCAACCUAACCCUUUUGGGAGUGCAUUCAAUGUUGCCGGCUCAGGACUCAUUCGAGGUGGAUUGGGUGCUUAUGGAGGGAAAAUAUUAGGGUCAAGUUCUGAGUAUGUCCAGAGCAAUAUAAGUCGAUACUUUUCUGACCCUCAAUACUACUUUCAAGUUAAUGACCAUUAUGUCAAGAACAAAUUGAAGGUGGUUUUGUUUCCAUUCCUGCAUCGGGGUCAUUGGACUAGAAUUACUGAACCAGUUGGUGGCAGGCUGUCCUAUAAACCACCAAUUUAUGACAUAAACGCGCCAGAUCUAUACAUUCCAUUAAUGGCAUUCGGUACCUAUGUUGUUCUUGCGGGCCUCUCAUUGGGUCUUCAUGGAAAGUUUAGUCCAGAAGCUUUGAACUUGUUAUUCAUCAAGGGAUUGCUUGGUUGGUUUAUGCAAGCUUCACUGCUAAAAGUAACAUUACUUUCAUUGGGCAGUGGGGAAGCGCCACUGCUAGACAUUAUAGCAUAUGCUGGUUAUACUUUCACCGGUAUAUGUUUGGCCGUUCUUGGAAGAAUAAUAUUGGGUUACUCUUACUACUUUUUGAUGCCGUGGACCUGCUUAUGCAUGGGAGUAUUCUUGGUGAAAACAAUGAAGAGAGUCCUUUUCGCAGAGGUGAGAAGUUAUGAUUCAAGCAGACACCACUAUCUCUUGCUGUUUAUUGCUUUGGUCCAGUUUCCAUUGUUCACAUGGCUUGGCAACAUUACAAUCAACUGGCUUUUGUAGUGGGAAUAGAUUAACUGUACUUAGAAGCAAUUCUUAGUGAUAAUAUUCUUUGGUUGUUGAUGCUGGAGAAUUGUAAUAUAUGGGCUUUUUUGUUUCCCCAUUGUUUGUUUGGUUGGGGAUUAAACCUUAACAGAAAUGCAUAAUUACAGGCCUUCUCUUCUCCACAUUUAUGCUUAUUCUUUUUGGUACUUAUCAAUAGAAAGUUGAAACAUCAUUCUUUUAUAAAAUUAUUAUGUAUGCCAUUGUGAA